GAGGAUGUUAUCAUGUAUGGGUCAACCCUUCCAUCUUUCUGAAUAAGUCCAAACCCUCCUCUCCUCUUCUCUUUCUAUAUCUCUCCACCGUUUUCACUUUUUGUGCUUCUGGGUUCCAUAAAUAGGGACGUGCCCCGGGUAUUUGCUCACUCCAUCCCCAUAACCCAAAGCUCUCUGUCCUUCGCUCUUCUGGGUGGUUCUCAUCUUCUUUGUUGUAUAGCUAGAACUGAUGGGCGAGAUAUCAGGAGCCAAUGGAAACCAUGAGGUUUCCCUGAACAUAAAAGACAGUGAUGCCAAUCAUAAUCCUCCACCCCCCUCCACCGCAACAAAACAAGGAUCCACCUCCUCUUUCUCUUUUCCUUUCGUACAAAAGUUAAUCGCAGAGGUGUUGGGCACGUACUUCUUGAUAUUCGCUGGCUGUGCUGCGGUGGUGGUGAAUUCUGACAAGGAUAGCGUAGUGACUUUGCCCGGAAUAUCCAUAGUGUGGGGACUGGUUGUGAUGGUAAUGGUCUACUCCGUCGGCCACAUCUCCGGUGCCCACUUCAACCCAGCUGUCACCAUUGCUUUCGCUACUUGCAAGAGAUUCCCAUGGAAACAGGUUCCGGCCUAUGUAGUGGCUCAAGUGAUUGGAUCAACGCUAGCAAGUGGAACCCUUCGACUGAUUUUCAACGGGAAGCAAGACCACUUUCCUGGAACUCUUCCGGCAGGCUCGGACUUGCAGUCCUUUGUCAUCGAGUUCAUAAUCACAUUCUACCUCAUGUUUGUCAUCUCCGGCGUUGCCACCGACAAUAGAGCUAUUGGGGAACUUGCUGGGCUUGCCGUCGGAGCUACUGUGUUACUUAAUGUGAUGUUUGCAGGGCCAAUUUCGGGUGCUUCGAUGAAUCCAGCAAGGAGUUUGGGGCCUGCAAUUGUAUCGAACACUUACAGGGGGAUAUGGAUAUAUUUACUGGCACCGACUUGUGGCGCCAUAUCAGGAGCUUGGGUCUACAACAUCAUCAGGUUCACCGACAAGCCCCUUCGUGAGAUCACCAAGAGUGGCUCCUUCCUGAAAAGCAAAUCGUCCCGUAAUGGGUCUUAAUUGAUAAUCUACUAAUCCAAGGGGACUAGAGUUGUAGUAGAAUUACAGAGGAUUUCUUAGCUUCCACACCCUUUUUUCGCAAUUGGAAUGUGUAGUCAUGUACCAAGUGAAAGGUAGAGAGAGGAAGUCACAUGUUUGCCCAACACCAGAUUUUCUGUUGUAUGGAUAAGAAUGUAUGCCUUUGCAUGAAAGAUAGCAAUAUAAAGAUUUCAAAUUUGCUGAA